CCAGGCGACCAUGACUGAGAAGACCCAAGAACCUCAUGUAGAGGAAGAUGAUGAUGAGCUGGAUGGGAAACUCAACUACAAACCUCCUCCCCAGAAAACGCUGCAGGAGCUGCAGGAGUUGGACAAGGAUGAUGAAAGCCUUGCCAAGUACAAGAAGUCCCUGCUGGGAGAUGGACCUGUGGUAGUAGACCCAACAGCUCCCAAUGUGGUGGUCACCCGACUCACCCUCGUAUGUGACUGUGCUCCAGGACCAAUCACUAUGGACCUUACAGGUGAUCUUGAAGCACUCAAGAAAGAGACCUUCGUAUUAAAGGAAGGAGUGGAAUAUAGAGUUAAGAUCCACUUCAAAGUAAACAGGGACAUUGUGUCGGGACUGAAAUAUGUGCAGCACACCUACCGGACAGGGGUGAAGGUGGACAAAGCCACAUUCAUGGUUGGCAGCUACGGGCCACGGCCAGAAGAAUACGAGUUCCUGACGCCUAUUGAGGAGGCUCCUAAGGGUAUGCUGGCUCGAGGCACCUAUCACAACAAGUCCUUCUUCACGGAUGAUGACAAGCAUGACCAUCUCACCUGGGAGUGGAACCUGUCCAUCAAGAAGGAAUGGACAGAAUGAGUUCACCCAGUUUGCCUUCCCCCUUCCCCCGCCUUUGCCUCCUGCACCAGUAUCCAGGUGGGCCAUGCCCACCAUGCUGCUCCUUCCUGCCACCGUGGCCAGCCACAGCCCUGGCAGCCCUUCCCGUGGGUGCCGAGGCUCUGCGCGAGCCCCGGUUGAUGCACAGGCCUGCAGGUGGCCUUGGCUGCUUCUUCUGAUACACUGAAAAUAACCUGCCUGUUUUCAACACCGCCCCAUCAUGACAUAUAAUGGGUUAAAUUGGGAAGCAUCUCCCUCCCUCUCUCCCAGUACUUUCUCCUGCUGUGUCCACGUCCAUCUCUUCUGUACCAAUUCCGGUCCCGGAAGUGCCUUUUCUAGGAAACAAGAUCACCUGGCAGGGCAGACUGGUCCCUGGAAAGUCCCUAUCUGAGUUAUACUUGCCAUGUACUCUGAGUCAUUGUAAAUGGUUACUUACCUCCCGUGAUGGUCUCCUGGUCUGUAUCUGGUGCCCUACCCUGUUAAAAAUCCAUCCUUGUGCAGGCAAAACCAGUCGGGGGAAUGCAGCUAGGAUGCUGUAACAAGACUUCAGUGUCCCAAGAAUAAAACCAGUUUCUUUCUUC